CGCACAAAGAAAAGACGGAAUAUCGGUAGCCUGGUCCUUCAUCUGGACCACAAUUUCCAGCAAUAUGAAGCCGAAUGUGACUGGUGGAUCAUGCUCGGGAGCGGCGGGAGCACCGUUGGAUCCUGAAGAUCAUUCAUCCUCUUUGCCUUCUCCUUCUUCUUCCACCUCCUCUCCCUCGUCCUCCAAGUAUAAGGGCGUGAGGAAGCGGAAGUGGGGCAAGUGGGUGUCUGAGAUAAGGCUCCCCAACAGCCGGGAGAGGAUAUGGCUCGGGUCCUACGAUUCGGCCGAGAAGGCGGCGAGGGCCUUUGACGCUGCACUCUUCUGUUUGCGCGGCCAAAAUGCAAAGUUCAACUUCCCGAGCAGCCCACCCGAUAUUGUUGGGGCCCACAAUCUCUCGCCGCAGGAGAUCCAGGCUGUGGCAGCUCGGUUUGCAAACGAACAUCAUCCGGGUCCUGAAGGAGAGAGCAGCAUCGAUGAGCCGCCACGUUCUAGUGGGGUUGCUGCCCAGGGCAGUGGAGGGAAUAGCAUAGACUGGUCUUUCUUGGGCGCGCUCCAUGAGAAUGAGGGCAGGGUUUCGGAUUUCGGGUUUUUAUAUAGUGAGAUGGAAUACAUGAUUGGGAGUCAUCAGUUGCAUUCUCCCCUAGCUAUGGACAGUGAUGUUAGGGAUGGACAUGAUGAGGAUGAUCAUGAUCAUGAUGAUAACGAUGAUGGUAGCGGUAGUGGUGGCAAUUAUACAUACCAAUCAUCCUUCCUUUGGAACUUCUAAAGGUACAAUGUAUACACAGGAAAAUAUCAUGGUUCGGAGAAGUACACAGAGAAGCUCGAGCUUGAUAAUGAACUCAAUGCUUCCGAAGGCACAUCAAAUAUUUUUCCGGGAGCGGAGAUUUUGUCAUUGUGAAGACGAGAUUGGGGUUUUUUUUUCCGUUACCAUGACUAGUUCGGCUAAUUUAGCUGCUUGGGGUUGCAAAUUUUCGAGUUUUCUUUCUUAGGCUUGAGUAACCUUUAGUUUUCUGAGUGUGAUAAUAAGGUGGCUUAGGUUUUCCAGUCAUUGUCUAUCUCUUUCAACAUCUUAACGACAGGGUUUAAGGAGUUGUAAGUACUUAUAGACACAUAUGUGUUAGCGAGCCAGCCCAAGUGGACUUCUUUCUCUCUCAUUUUCCCGAUUAGUAUUAAUAUUCUAUCAAUAAAAUAUCUUCAGCUAUUAAUAAA